CCCUCGGGGUUGAUCUACAAAGCACAGACGGGCCAAUUGGUCCUGUCUCUAAGUCAUUGGCGGAAGGGAGGGUGCAUUCUAUCUAUGUCAAUGAUGUCCAGAACUUCUCGAGACUUGCCCUUCUCCGGCAAGUUGGGUCAGCAGUACCCGUGGGCCGUGCCUGACUGUGCCUGACUGUGCCUGACUGUGCCUGACUGUGCCUGAGAGCCAUCGUCAUACAGUUUCCACCCCUGAACGGCUUGUUGGAGGAGCGACCGUUUGAUCAGUCAAUCGAGACGACAUGGAGCAAGACCAAGAUGUUCCGCCUCAGCUGGGCGUACAGGACCGUCCACUCCCCGCUGCGGGUUCAUCGCCUAUCCCCCCAACCGUUCAACAAUCCACACCACAAACUCAGCUGUCCGCAGUAAGGAGAGCAAGCGUAGCAGGUCCCGCAACCUCAACCCUCUCCUUCGCAAACUCCUUCUGGUCCGCCGACUACGCCUCCGGCCUCGGCAUCCUCUUCUCCAAACUUCAACAAGGCUGUGUCGAAAACGCCGAAAUCCUCGCUCUUGCCCGCGCCCGGAAAGAUGCCGAGGAAGCAUACGGACAACGCCUCAUCGACUUAUCGAAGGAGUCGACGACGACGAAGGGGUUUGCUGGUGUUGGGGUUGGGGUUGCGGGAGGGUUUGGGAAGGAUGAGGGGGCGAGUACGAGGAAGGCGUUUGAUGGGGUGAAGAAGGAGAUGGAGCAGGCUGGACUUAAUCAUCAGAAGAUCGCGGCGAAUUUACAAACGAUGGUACUCAGACCUUUUGGGCUGUGGGCACAAGACCACGAACAACGGAUUACACGCUCUCAUGAUGCAUUGUUCAGUCGUGUCAAGACACAUGAUAAACUGAGCGAGAACGUGAAGAAGUUGAGGAGCGUGUACUUUAAUAAGUGCAGACUUGUCGAGGAUCUGGAAGAAGAGAACAAAUACGCAUUCCAGGUCCCACAGAAACAAGACCGACGAGACUCGACAAACACUGUUACCUCCGACGUAACCGGCGUCCCAGUCCUCUCCCCAACCUCCGCCAACCCCCCCGAAAUCCACAUCGAGAAAGCCCCCGUACUCAUCAAAAUCGGUGAUAACUCCUACUCACCCGAAGAGAUCGGCGGAUUGAUCAAGAAAAUGUUGACGCAGAUCCCACAAAAGGAUGUGAAAGUUCCGAUUUUGGGGACGUAUCAGCAUUGUAGUUCGGGGGAUGUCAUCACGGAAUGGAUUAUGGCGAAUUUGGGGGCGAGGGGUGUCGCUAACGCCGAGAAAUGCGGUCAAGACCUCGUAGAUAACGGAUACCUCCGUUUAGUCGGCUCAGUCGGCCAACGUUUCGCCAACUCCUCCAUCUUCAGCUACCAAUGGCGCCCAAAAGCACUCAUCCACUCCUCCAACCCCCAACACGACCCGAAACGCGAUUCGUCGACGAUUACAAACAUGCCCUACGUCGGUGAAUACAUGAAAUCCUACCUCGACAAACAAGCCCACCCAGACGAAUCCCCAGCCCAACGCCUAAAACGCGAAGCCACCGAAGCGGACGAAACAUACAAGGUCGCCAUCAAGAAACUCGAUAAAAUCCGGGCAGAGUUGGAGGAGAGUAUGUUCGAACAUCUCCGAUUCGUCGAGAAAUGCGAGCUGGAUAGGUUGACGGCGAUUAAAUCCGUCAUGCUUGACAUGUCCGCUGCGAUAUCGAAUGUGAUUCCGGGGAUUCAGGCGAGUGUGGAUAAUAUGUUGUUGUACCAAGAAACGAUUAGUCCUGUCAAUGACUUGCGGUAUAUCAUUGAGAGUUAUCGGACGGGACCGUUUAUUCCGAAGGUUGUUACCUAUGAGAGUUAUUAUAGCUCGGCGCGGGAACAGACGUUUGGUGUCGAUAUCGAGUUGAAGACGCGUGCGGAUCGGAAACGGGUUCCGAAUAUCGUGAGUACGAUUUUGUCGUUCUUGGAUGAGCAUUAUCCCGAUCUCGAUAACGACCACGAGCGGCGUGGGAUUUGGUUGGCCAACGUUCCGUUACCCGCUACCCACCAUCUCCGGCACUCGAUCAACGACGGACAAGCGGUCAGGAAAGAGGUGCUGGCGCAGUAUGAGGUCGCGAUCGUGGCGGGGGUGUUGAAGUUGUAUUUGUUGGAGUUGCCGGAUUCGUUGGUUAGUUGUACGGUGUAUGAUCUCGUGAAGACCAUCUACGCUACACACGGCAACGACGAGGACCCUCGAAACAGGUUAAACGCAUUACAAAACGCACUAGGCCAACUCCGGAAAACGAAUAUCGCAACACUCGAUGCGUUGAUGACACAUUUCGUCCGUCUCAUCCAAAUCACCAAUGGUGAGGAAUCAUCAUAUGUCGGCGAUCUCGCCUCCUCGCUGUCGUUGUGUAUUUUGAGACCACGCCAGCCGUCGAGUUUGACGUUUGAUGAUCGGCAUGCGGCGAGGUUGAUUCAGGAUUUGUUGGGGUAUAAGGAUAAGAUCUUUAAUGAUCUCAAGCGGGCGAGUACGAUGGUUAGUACGAUGUCUGGACGGCCGAGGGCUGCGACGGAUGAGUCUCAUCGACGCUCACUUGAAGAGGCUCGACGUCAAGCUGUUGCGCAAGCCCAUCGUGAACGCAACGGUGCGAAUGCGUCGCAGAGUCAGACAUCCUCGAGCGGCUCGCGUCCAAGUUCGAGGGGUGGCUCGAACAAGAGUCGGAGUCCGAGUCCACCGGGGAAGAGAAUCAGUUUACAGAGUUUCGGGAGUCCGAGUGUGCGUUCUCGGCCCACGAGUUUGGCUGGGCAGGAGACGGGACCACGAUCGCCUAGGAAUUUGUCGUCUGCGAGUUUUGCAGCCGUUGGGCAGGGUGAUGCGCCGUUUGUUCCGCCGAAGGAGGAUGUGCAGCAGCCGGUUCCGGUUGCGUUGGCUGAGCCUGCGGCUCCUGCGGCUGCUGGUGGGGCUGGAUUUGCGCAGAUGCGGGCGGAGAGGGAUGGUGAUGCCCCCUUCAUGCCACCGUCAGUCCCUCAUGACGCAGCGCCCUUUAACCCACCCCAAGGCGACGCACCCUUCGUUCCCCCCAAGGAUAACGAAUCCUCCCCCAUUUACGCCUCUCUAACUCAAGCCGUACCCACAGCCACAGGCGACAAACCUCCUCCCCCCUCCAUCGGCAAGAAACCCUCCCUCGGCCGCUCAGCAGUCAUCACCCGCCGCACACCAAGCCAAAGCUUCCGUUCUCGUAGGAGUAUCGGCGGACGACAAGAUCUUCCGUUCACGCCUCCUUCGCAGGAUGCGCCAUUCGUGCCACCGACGGAUGAUGCGGAUGUCAUGACCAUGUCGCAUAAUUUGCAGAGGCAGAGUAUUGAUGCUGGGUCGUCGGCGAUGAGGGUGGAGCAGGGGGGUUUGAGUCAGCGGGGGUCGUUGGAGGGGAGGAGGGCGGUGCAGUUGACGGAUGCUCCUUAUUCUGAUGAUUUGACGUAAGGUGAGGGGCGUGGAGACGAUCGUGAGGUUAUGUCGGUGACGCGGGGACAGAUUAAGCUUAUACUUAGCCGGACUAGUAUUAGUUGUUGCUCA